UGGAACACUCCCUGCCCUCUAUGUUCAUUACCCCAGUUAUUGUGCUUUUUUAGUAUAAUGUCUUCUGGAAAGGACUGAAUGUUCAAUAGACUAAUAAAAGUUUUUUUCAUCACGUUGUCAUUUUGUAAUUUAAUUUUGUCAUUGAAAAGCAUACAUCAAAAGCAAAAUUGAUUUAAUGGUACAAAUGGGCAAAUAAAUGAAAAAAUACCGGUAUUCGGAAUUCGGCCAAGUGUUUCCUUUUUUUCAGUUUCGGUUUCGGCCAAGAAUUUUCAUUUCGGUGCAUCCCUAUUCUAAAGUUAAUUUACUAUUAACUGUAUUUUAGCUUGCAGUGCUGUGGGUUGUUUGUCACAGAAAACCUAAACUAAAGAAGCAAACUCACUGUCCUCUCUGGAAGAUGUGCUUUAUCCUUUGCAUCUUUCCUUUUGGUGGUAGCUGUGCCAAACAUUCAUCAGCUUUGCAAGUUCCCUCACUGUCCACUUUGAAAGAUGGCAGCUGAACUUCUGGGAUGGGGUGGGAACUUACAAUAUAAAAAGGGGCCAUUUGGGUCAGAAUUACAUCUGUAGAACUGUCACAGUUCAGUCCAGCAGGAUGUGUAAAUGGUAAAUGGACUGCAUUUAUAUAGCACUUUUAUCCAAAGCGCUUUACAAUUGAUGCCUCUCAUUCGCCAGAGCAGUUAGGGGUUAGGUGUCUUGCUCAAGGACACUUCGACACGCCCAGGGCGGGGUUUGAACCGGCAACCCUCCGACUGCCAGACAAUCGUUCUUACCUCCUGAGCUAUGUCGCCCCUGUGUGUAAUUCUCAGGUCCGAAGUGCGGCAGCUGGAGAGUGUAGCACAGACAUCUUCCUCAGAGAAUCAUCAACCUUAAAAUCCUCAAUUUCACUCUUCAUUACUGAACACUAUCAUUUGUAUCAUUUACCAUAUGUUUUAUGUAUACCUAAUAUUAUUAUACUAUAAUAUAUGAACUCUUCUUUGCAGACUGAACAGCUGUGGCCUCACAGAGAAGUCCUGUGAUAUUGUGGCCUCAGCUCUCCAGUCAUCAGACUCACCCCUGAGAGAUCUGGACCUCAGCUACAAUGACCUGGGAGAUUCAGGAGUGGAGCUGCUCUGUCCUGGACUGAUGAGUCCAAACUGUAAACUGCAGAGACUGGGACUGAACAACUGUGAACUCUCACAGAAGUGCUGUAAUACUGUGGCCUCAGCUCUCCGGUCAUCAAACUCACCCCUGAGAGAUCUGGACCUCAACUACAAUAACCUGGAAGAUUCAGGAGUGGAGCUGCUCUGUGCUGGAUUGAGGAGUCCAAACUGUGAACUACAGAGACUGGGACUGAACAGCUGUGACCUCACAGAGAAGUCCUGUGAUAUUGUGGCCUCAGCUCUCCAGUCACCAAACUCACCCCUGAGAGAUCUGGACCUCAGUUACAAUGACCUGGGAGAUUCAGGAGUGGAGCUGCUCUGUGCUGGACUGAUGAGUCCAAACUGUAAACUGCAGAGACUGGGACUGAACAGCUGUGACCUCACAGAGAAGUCCUGUGAUAUUGUGGCCUCAGCUCUCCAGUCACCAAACUCACCCCUGAGAGAUCUGGACCUCAGCUACAAUGACCUGGGAGAUUCAGGAGUGGAGCUGCUCUGUGCUGGACUGAUGAGUCCAAACUGUAAACUGCAGAGACUGGGGUGAGUAGUGCUGUGUACUGUGUGACAUUAACUAAAUAGAAUUACUGAUUAUGGAAAUGUAAGGAUUUGAAUUUUGUCACAGGGAAGACUAAUUUCCUGACUCCAUUCAUUUUCAAAACCUCUAACCUGAAUGUUUGUGUGAAUACAAUUUUGUUCAUAAGAUUAUUGACUGGGGGGUGCUCAUAUGAAAAGAUGGGCAGCUUGACCCUGUAUCCUGGAGAGAGAGACUAGCUACUGCUGCCAGGCAUUCAUCAAAGUGUUCUCUGACAUUAAGACCUUCAAUCCUGGGAGGUAAAUGUCCUGCUCAUCCAGGAAUCUAAAACCAACAACUAUCCCUGGGAUUAACCUAAUUAAGAUUUACCCCAUUUGGGUAGCGAGACUAUAUAAAUAUCACAAGGCAUGACCUCUGUAUUAUUCUAUUAAAUAACAUUUGACUGACCCUAGCAGCUAUCCAAGAAGAGCUGCAUAUCCUGCUAGUGAAUCUAACAGUAUGCCCAGUGAGUACCUCAGUAAGGGUGUUACCCCAAAACUUUAAGUUACUGUCGCUACCCCGGUUCUCCGAAACACAGAGUAGAGAGAUCCACGUAUGGGGAAUGACAUCCGGUCAUCCAAUUGCACCAAGUGUGGCUUUGACAGCCAGUAGCGCAUUCAAUGCUACAGGAGACUACUGCCCUCCUGGAAGAACAUAUAGGACACUGCAGCGCUACUACUCCUCAGUGAACAUAUUCACUUCUCAUGCGUGGCAAGCAGGGCAGUCUUGGUGGAUCUCUCCACCGGGGUUACAACAGUAACCUAAAGUUCUCUUUCAUCAUCUCGUGUUUGAGAUCCACCUAUGGGGAGAUAUGGACAACUCCCAGAUUGCCUUAUGCUCACAGCUGAGAUACUGUCAGGCCAGCAAAUGAUGCCUCCUCCCCUGAGGGGAGGGUGGUGUCUGGCACAUCCCGUGUAGGGAAGUACUAAACACAUUCCACUGCCCAAAGCUAUAGCCAGGUCCCGGGAACAAUGUGAAGUACUAAAACCCAUAGCAGAUGAGGGGAGAUGUGUGUGCCUCACACAGAGUUCACCCCCAGAACUGAGUGGGCUACUGGCCUCCUGGUGACGUUCAGGCGGUAGAACCUUGCAAAAGUAUCUGGAGAAACCCAGACUGCAGCUGAAUACAUUUCCUGUAAGGAGAGCCCAUGGAAUAGGGCCCACAAUGCAGCCAUACCCCUCGUAGCAUGAGCCCUCAGGCCCAAAGGGGGUGUUAUCCUCUUUGAAUCCUAUGCCAUAACAAUAGCUUCC